AUGCCACCGAAAACCGCCUCCAGGGCAGGCAGCUCGGCCCGGUCGACGCAAAACUCGCAAUCGCGCGCCAUCAAGCGCAACCGAGGAUCCGAAUCCCCCGUCUACCUCUCGUCCAUUGCCGUCGUCACCCCCGAGGAAGCGAGGCAGGCUCGCGAGCGCUUCUUCGACGCCCUCGGUUGCGCCGACCCGCACCCAGGCAUGCAAAGAGCAAUCUCGAGCGCCGACCAACUCACCGAAGUCCAGCUCGGCCGGCUCUUUGACAUGCUCCAUGCCUGCGGCGCGGCGACAGACGAGCGAGCCACGCUGUUGACGACGCGGGCAAGCGUCGAUGGCUUUGUCGACGCCGUCUUCAACGACUGGCGGAGCGACAAGGAAGGCGACUUGGUGAAGCCCGAGUUGGAGUUUUUGGUCGAGGCAGAGGUUGUCGCGGGGACAAUAUGCGUGGUUUCUGCAGUCGUGUCGUACAGCUGCAACCCUGCCAUGCUCAAGGUGGAAUACACCGUUGUUGACCCGUUUUCCGGACAGCCCGAGGCGUUUUGCCCCCUCUGGAGGAAGGAUAUUCGUUGGGCAGAAGCAGGCUGGAAGGACACCCUCCGCCAGACCAUCGAGGGCAAGCUCGUAUCCAAGAUACAUCGCUACAACAAGCAUUUGGCCGUGUGGCACGCGCGCAAGUUGAUCCAGGACUGGAGCAAGGGGAGCAUUUCUCCGGGGCCAAAUGCGAGUACAUUGGGGUUUAUCGGCAGAGAUGCCGUGGCAUGGGUUGUCAUGGGCUUGGGAGAACCGUCGGUGCAGCCCGGGUCUGAGGCGUGA